AGGGUUUCACUUCUCCCGCCGCCUUCUCCUCUCUCUCCGAGCUCUUGGUCAGUCUAUUUCUCCCUCUGCCUCCCUUCCCAUCGCGACCAAUUCCUUUUGUUUCUUGUCGUCCUCGAAUGUAGAAGCCCUAGUAGUUGUAUUCUUUCCUCCAAUCCGAUGGCUUCUCUUCCUUUUGAGCUUCGUUUUUUUCUUUUAUUCUCAACUGGAUCUUUAGUGAUCUUAAUAUCAAGCCGGAAGGAGCGUCGAAGUGAAAGCAGGAGAAAUCCACCAGAACAAUGAGCAAGUUGCAGAGUGACGUUUUGAGGGAAGCAAUCUCUCAGCUGACAAAUGAUUCUCGGGAGAAGAAGCGCAAUUUUACUGAAACCAUCGAGCUGCAGAUUGGUCUGAAGAACUAUGACCCCCAAAAGGACAAGCGCUUCAGUGGAUCUGUGAAGUUACCUCAUAUCCCUCGUCCAAAAAUGAAGGUCUGCAUGCUUGGUGAUGCUCAACAUGUUGAGGAGGCAGAGAAAAUAGGGCUUGACUAUAUGGAUGUUGAAGCACUAAAAAAGAUGAACAAAAACAAGAAGCUGGUCAAAAAGCUUGCUAAGAAGUACCAUGCUUUCCUAGCAUCAGAAGCAAUCAUUAAGCAGAUUCCUCGUCUUCUUGGUCCUGGUCUCAACAAAGCAGGGAAGUUUCCCACAUUGGUGACUCAUCAGGAAUCCCUGGAGUCAAAAGUUAAUGAGACAAAAGCAAUGGUGAAAUUUCAGCUCAAGAAAGUUUUGUGCAUGGGUGUUGCUGUGGGUAAUUGUGCAAUGGAGGAGAAGCAGAUCUUUCAGAAUGUGCAACUUAGCGUUAACUUUCUUGUGUCAUUGUUGAAGAAGAAUUGGCAAAAUGUGAGGUGCUUGUACCUGAAGAGCACCAUGGGUAAGCCGUAUCGAGUAUUUUAAGUAGUUUUUAGCUUGGCUGGUAACCUGUGAGACAGUUGUAGGGAAUACUUGGUUGUCAUUUUAUUUGUUCGGGUCUUGUUGGCAACAUCUGUGAGCUCUUAAUCCAAAGUUUUGCUUCUUAUGGCGUUAAGGAGAUUUUGUUGUUUGAGAUCUCUUAGAACUUCUGAUGGAAUGCAUUAUUAUGAAUUUCAGUUCAUGUUCAUUGGUUUUGAUUCAA